UCUUGUGAGAAAUGUAGCAGAUGCGACUUUAUCUUCUUCUUUCUUUAUUUAUUUAUUAAAUAUUUCGAUUGCAGCUUAUUAAUUCAAUUUGUUUUUAGCUUAAAGCAACCACCCUUUUCCCCCAAAAAUUGUGUUUGUUUCUGUCUAUUUUCAAAGCAUACUCCUUCUUCAAAAAUUUUUGACGCAACUUUUUUUUUCUGAGUUGCAUAAUCGAUUUUUAAUUUGUAAACAUUCCCCGACCUUUCACACCAACUUGUCGAAGAUUAAAUGUAAACAAGGCCGAAAACCACGUGGUUAGCAAGCUCUGCGUUUAUUUUUUUCUUUCUCCCAAAUGGUCCACUUUCCUUCAGUGCUGUAAGUAGUCUUUAAAGAUGGAUACAAAAAGAGGAGAGAUUCUUUAAAAUUCAUCUAUAAAAUGUCGAGCGUGGAUCUGUCGGCAAAUGUUUUGUGGCAAACAUUGUCGAAAGAUGUGUGUUCAUUAAGUCGACAAGAAAAGAGCUCUUCGACGCGAGAGAUAAUUCAGGAAGAGAGCGCUGAGUCUCGACCGUUGGUGCCUAAAGAAGCAAAAUGUAUAAAAAAGCAAGGUUCCAAUUGGUUGUCCACGUCUUUUCUAAUUGUAAAUACAGCCCUGGGUAUCGGUAUCCUCAAUUUUCCUGCCGCUUACAAUCAAGCGGGUGGUGUAUUAUAUGCAACCUUCAUACAAGUGGUGAUGGUCCUCAUGAUGCUGUCGACCAUGUUGAUCCUGGCUUACUGCAGUGACUUCAAUGGGGAUAACACUUACCAUAAUGUCCUACUGUCCAUGUGCGGACGAAGGGGACAACAGUUGGCCGCCCUGACCAUCACACUCACUCUCUACUGUGUUUGCGUCGCUUUCCUCAUCAUCAUCGGUGACCAGAUGGACAGUCUGCUGCACUCAUUGUAUGGUCCAGGCUUCUGUGAGCGGUGGUUCCUGAAUCGACAUUUCACCAUCUCUGCCAUUUCCAUAGUCCUCAUCCUUCCCACCUGUUUCUGUAAGAGAGUUGACUUCCUGGCAUUCAUUGGGUCAGUUGGAAUCUUUGCAAUGUUGUAUCCAGUUUUCUUAACUGUGUACGGAUACUUUAAACUGAAUGUGAAACAUGUGGAAAUAAAGACGAAGCCGGAUGAUUUGUCAGGGAUGUUUGCAAUGUUUCCAGUACUUGGGUUAGGCUAUCAGUGCCAAGAGGUGGUCGUUCCUGUCUACUCGUGCAUGAGAGAGCGUCGUUUGGGUAAUUUUGUGAAGUCAUCGAUUGUAGCCAUGAUAUUCCUCUUCAUCGUCUACUCCAUCAUCGGAUGCUUCGGAUACCUGACAUUCGGAGCCAAUGUGACACACAAUGUCAUGAAGAUGUACAACGCAGACGAUCCUUUCGUGAUGGUGGGCGUCUUUGCACUCAUCAUCAAAAUGGUUGCCACCUAUCCCAUACUCGCCACUUGCGGAAGAGAUGCAGCAGCAGGUCUGUAUGCAGAGUUGAGGAACCUCAAACCAUCAGAAUUUGUUUCAGCAGAAAAACAAAGACGCUAUGUAGCCGGUGCGAUCUGGUUCUCAACCUCACUCAUUUUAGCUACCACCACCGAUGGUAUCGGAAUAGUUCUUAAGUACCUGGGUUCCGUGGCAUCAGCCAAUAUAUUCAUUUAUCCGGGUAUCUGCCUGAUGCAGGUGGUUCUUAUGAAAGAUCCAGAUCUGAAAAAAAUAAAAAACAGACUGCUUGUCGCAUACGGGAUUGCUGUUGCAGCAGUGGGUGCCUUCUGCUUGGGCGUCGUACUCUUCGAAGCAAUCCUCAAUCCCAGUGAUGACGAUGCCACAGUCGACUUGUGCCACACGUUGCCUUCCACGGGCAAUGUGACGCUAACUCCUCUCACGUGAUAAAACAGACUCUCUUCAUUUUUAGAGAGAAUUCUCUUCAUUUUUAGAGAGAAAGUACUGACUUUACAUAUCAUUAAGACUGUGAAUGCAAUAAUUUGUCAUGUAUUUUUCAUAUUUAUGCCAUAAAUUAUAAAUGCUUGCUUAUCUAGAUAGA